CCAAUCGUAUAAUCGAAGAUGUCUUUACUUAGUUAGAGGGCACAGUGAUAGAAUUUGAAUCACUAGAUAUAUUUGGGUAGAUUUACUGACUGUCGCCAUUGUGUGUCGUCUUGUGCUGAAGGGAAGAUGAAGGUUAUUAUUCUGUUCACACUUUUGAACAUCUGGUCAAAUGUAGAUUGCAAGUCUUGCUCAUAUUCUCCAUCGCAGUGGUGUACCUCUUUGGCCUCGGCCAUCGAAUGUGGGGUUCUGAAGCAGUGCCUGGAAGCCAAUGCCACCAAGCCCAACACGCUGGGGCAGUCAGUUCAGGUGGAGCUGUAUCUUGAGAGUCUGUGCCCAGCAUGUCGCUUCUUCCUCACAUCACAGCUCUUCCCCACAUGGACCAUGCUGCAGGACGCCAUAAGUGUCACACUGGUGCCCUACGGAAAUGCAGAAGAAUCUUUUGAUGGGAAGAAGUAUCAGUUCACCUGCCAGCACGGUGAAGAAGAGUGUCUUGGCAACAUGAUCCAGACCUGCAUAUUGAAUGCUACAGGAAGUAACGCGUUCCAGAUAAUCUACUGCAUGGAGGCCUCCACUGAUGUGGUUAAAGCAGGCGAGAAGUGUGUGGAGCUCUAUGACCCAAACACUAAGUGGGACAGCAUCAUGACCUGUGUGAAGGGAGACCUGGGGAAUCAGCUGAUGCAUCAGAACGCAGUGAAGACUGGUGCCCUGAAGCCAGCCCACAACUAUGUGCCUUGGAUUGUCAUAAAUGGGGAGCACACAGAAGACCUUCAGGACAAAGCAAUGUCUUCGCUCUUCUCUCUGAUCUGCAGCAUGUACAAGGGGCCCAAGCCUGAAGCCUGUGGGGCGGCUCUGAUGAAACGACACAGAAGUUACUGCCAUGACGAGUAAAAAAAGGACAUCAUGUACUGUUUCAUUGCUCAAUGAAUGAGCCUUUGGAAUGAGCUGUGUGAAAUAAGGUCUCUGAUAGCAAUGUAUUUUUUAUAAAGGGAUGACGUUUCACUAGCCUGUAUAAAUGAAUGGGGGGAUGUAAUAAAUAACAUAUUAAAGUAAACUA